UGUGUGUUACAGAACAAAGGCCUGCAGGCGUCCCCUAAACCUCCAGAGAGCUGCUGUAAUGGAGCGCCGCCUCGUUGAGCGACACGAAGCAGGCGGAGGUUAAAACAGGCUGUUCAGGAUGUGGAACAAUCAUCAAACUGCUGCUUCCACGCAUCGAGCCGCAGGCGAACCGAGCCGACGCGCCGGCAUCAUUCAUUCCUCACGGGAUUAUGGUAAUAACAGGCUGCCGGGCCCUGCUGGUGGGCGGGCCGGUCCGCGGACCCUUAUCAGUGUGUUGCAGUGGCCCAUUCUUCACCUUGAUUCGCAGCUCAGCGACUAUAUCACCAAAACCAGAACGAGGACGCUUCCAAAGGCACGAACGAUCCCAUCGGCGUUCUGCAGGACCGCCCAUGUUAUCAGGAACGAUCGGAAAUGAGCUCUUAUCUUCACGCUCGGCGUCUCCCUCCAGAUUCUGCAGAAGACGACCCAAGAGCGGCGCUCGCAGGUGAGGGGCGGCGGGCUUCUGCGGCGCUGCAGGUGUGACGCACCCGCCGUCAGCUCAUCAGAUAAGAACGCUGCUCUGCGGCGCCGUCAGAGCUGCUGGUGACCUUCAGGCUGGAGAGCAGAACCAGCUUCCUGAAUGGUUCUCAGAUCAGAGACGGGCUGCAGGAUGGGCUGAAGCUGUCCGGUUUCCAAGGAGACGGCAUGCGGAGGGGUGGUUAACCCGCCCCGUCUUCUCAUUCCUCAGAUGCUCGGAGCAGGUAAGGCUGCAGGUUCUUCUUCUUCUUUCAGAUGUUUGGAUCCAUCAGGAGGGGAUUCUGUCCACAGGAAUAACUUCAGUCCAAGUUUCUGCUCUCAGAGGGACGCUGCUGCUUUAAAAACACCUCAUUAAGUGUCAAUGAUCACCGAUUGAGCUGCAGAGUAACUAAAGCAGGCAGCCGUCCAGCUCCAUCAGCAGCCUCAGCUGUGUGUCCGUCACGCUCCCACGCUCACUCCAAUUCUCAUUUCUCCUCUGGUUGCAGCCCGCUGGAGCCUGUGCUGAGGAAUUAUCUGCUGUCGGCCGGAACGUCCCCCCCCCCUCGCGACUCAGCCAUGCUGUCCGGCGCUGUUCAGAUCCUGGCGUUCGCCCUGGCGCUGCUGGGUGUCCUGGGCGCCACCGUGGCCACGCUGCUGCCCAACUGGAAGGUGAGCAUCAGCGUGUGGACCAGCAUCAUGACCCCCAUCUCGCAGAUGCAGGGUCUGUGGAUGGACUGCGUGUGGUACAGCUCCGGUGUCUUCAGCUGCACCAUGAAGAACUCCGUGCUGUCGCUGCCGCCGUCGCUGCAGAUGAUGCGGGCCGGCAUGGUGCUGUCCUGCAUGGUGGCCGCGUUCGGACUCUGCCUCGCCUCCCUGGGGCUUAAAUGCACUCGGUGGGGGGGUAGCCACCGAGCGAAGGGGCACACGGCCAUCGCUGCGGGGGGCUGCUUCGUCCUGGCCAGCUUCCUCUGUCUGGUUCCGGCGUCGAUGUUCACCAACGAGGUCAUCACCGCCUUCCUGACCACGGAUCUGCCGGACAGCAGUAAAUACCAGCCCGGCGGAGCUCUGUGCGUCACCUUCAUCUCCGCUGGAUUCCUGCUGGCUGGAGGGGUGAUAUUCUGCCUGUCCUGUCCAGGAAGGAGCUCCGGGCGACCGGAGAACGUCUCCUCGCCUGGCCCAAACGGCCCGAUGGUGAAAAGCGAGGAGCAGAACAGGCGGGAGGCGAAAGUGGAGAACAAGGAACCCAAAAAGAAGAAAAACAAAAGCGUCCAGCUGCAGACGGAAGACGUGAGGCCAGGGAAAGCAGAACCGGUCCAGGAGCAGAGGAUCUUCUGCUCUCCUUCCAGACUCCCUCAGAAAGACCUCAAGGACAACUACAGCCUCCAGGAGUACGUGUAACGCUGAUGCCUGGGAGGAAAUGUAGACUUUGAAUUGAGGCGUUCAGGCACCCUGAACUGGGGGAGGUGUGUGCAGAGAGGGGGGGUAAUUACUAAAUGUUGUAAAUGACAGAUUGUAGAUUCAGCUGAAUGCCUUAGAAGCAGAGAGCAGCAAAUGAACCUCUGAGGCACAAAAAAAAAAAAAAUCCUGACUGACCGACUGCAGCUUCACUCAAACCAAAGCUCUGAAACAAAACAGAACCUGAAGAGGAAAACAUUUCAGCUCAGACUGAAA